CACCUGUCCUCCACCUGAGUAUCAGUACCAACCAGCAUCAGUGCAUCAUGGCAGCGCGGAGGUUCUUCGUGGGAGGAAACUGGAAGAUGAACGGGAACAAGGAGAGUCUGGAACAGCUGAUCUCCACCCUGAACACCGCCAGCCUGCACGAUGAGACCGAGGUGGUGUGUGGCGCUCCCUCCAUCUACCUGGACUUCGCUCGGUCCCAUCUGGACCCAAAGAUCGGCGUCGCGGCCCAGAACUGUUACAAGGUGGCCAAGGGAGCGUUCACAGGGGAGAUCAGCCCGGCUAUGAUUAAAGACUUCGGGGUGGACUGGGUGAUCCUGGGACACUCUGAGCGUCGCCAUGUGUUCGGAGAAAGUGACGAGCUGAUUGGCCAGAAGGUGGCUCAUGCUCUGGAGAACGACCUCGGGGUGAUCGCCUGCAUCGGGGAGAAGCUUGAGGAGCGCGAGGCCGGCACCACAGAAGAAGUCGUCUACGCUCAGACGCAGGUCAUUGCAGAUAAUGUGAAGGACUGGGGGAAGGUGGUGCUGGCUUAUGAACCAGUGUGGGCCAUCGGCACCGGCAAGACGGCUUCACCUGAACAGGCUCAGGAGGUGCAUGAGAAGCUGAGAGCGUGGCUCCGAGCCAACGUGUCGGAGGACGUAGCCGACUCUCUGCGUAUCAUCUACGGAGGUUCGGUGACGGGGGCUAACUGCAAAGAGCUGGCGUCUCAGGGUGACGUGGACGGCUUCCUGGUGGGCGGAGCCUCUCUGAAACCCGAGUUUGUCGACAUCAUCAACGCCCGCGCGUAACGGACUCAGACGCCCGAUGACCUUUGACCUUUAGGGUUAGAUCUCAGCUGACUGGGCCGACUCAUCACAGACAGACGAGU